GUGCUCUCAUUCUCUAGGAGAUUUGUAAUCUUGCUUUCGCAGUUUUUUCUUUCUGAGUACGAGAUGGCCGAGCAUCCUUGUCACUUCAAAAAAGAUUAUAGUCUCACAUAUAGAAAGGAAGGGGACUUAGUCAUAGGGGGCUUCUUCUCAUUUUUUCUGCAGUUUCAGCAACGCAAUGAUCAGGCAUCCUUCAAACAUUUUCCAACCUGGACUGGUGCAGCACCACGGUCCAUGCUCAAAAAUUACCAACAUUUUCUUUCUUUCCAAUUUGCUGUGGAUGAGAUCAACAAGAAUCCACGUUUGCUGCCCAACAUAACCAUGGGAUAUCAGUUGUUCAAUAACUUUCAUGACAGCAAUUCAGCUGUGGAGAACUCCUUGAUGUGGCUGUCAGGAAGGGGUCCAACCAUUCCUAAUUAUAAUUGUGACAGGCAGCACAAGUCAGUGCCUGUCAUUGGAGGGAUGUCAAUGAUAGUGUCCAUGUCUAUGGCCACCAUGUUAGGUCUCUUUAAAGUCCCACAGAUCAGCUACAGCCCAUUUGAUCUUCUGGCUGAUAAGGUCCAAUUUCCAUAUGUCUAUCCUAUGGGCAGCAAAGAAUUCACUCUGCACCUCGCAGUGGUCCAACUGAUGAUACAUUUUGGCUGGACUUGGGUUGGGUUGGUUCUUUCAGAUGACACAAAAGGGGAGAAAUUCUUCAAUGAUCUGAAAGAGGAAAUAGUCAGGAAUGGUUUGUGUGUGGCCUUUAAGGAAAUUGUUCCACCACAAUUUGACUAUAGACAUUAUGAACAAGUUAAAUUGUUUUCCAGGAUCACUGCAUCAUCAUCGAAUGUGAUUUUCAUUUAUGGAGAUACAGACUAGCUUCUAGCAUUAUCUUCUACAAUAUUUAAUUUUGGACUGCAUGGGAAGAUGCUAGUCACCACUUCCUCCUGGGUUUUUUCUGAAGUUUCUAAUAAUAGAUAGACUAGCAGUUUCCAUGGUACAAUGAUAUUUUCUCCUUCUAAGAUGAAGGUUCCUCAUUUCACAGAUUUUCUAAGUAGAGUGAACCCCACUAUGCACCCUAAUGAUAUUUUCCUAAAGAUUUUCUGGGAAUCUGCCUUUAAUUGUAAGCUUUCAGAAAAAAGACCUGAGGAAAUAGUUUAUGUCUCAUGCCUAAAAAAUGUUUCCCUGGCAGAUGUAAGUCCUUUGUAUUUUGACACGAUCAUAUUGGACUUGAGUUCUAAUGUCUACCAUGCAGUGUACUCUGUGGCCUGUGCUCUCCAUCAAAUGUUUCAGUCUGAAGAAAAGGAAGUGUCACAACUUGAAGCAAAUCCAGUUCUUUUUUCAAAGCUCCACCACUUUUUGAAAUUCAUCGGUCCUGUCAAUAUCACCAGUGAUGAGUCAUGUGAGCAUGGAGCCAGUAAAGCUGCUGAGAUAUAUGAUAUCCUGAACUUUAAAUCUUUACCUGGUAGAAUUGAGGCACUGGUAAAAGUAGGGGAGGUUAUCCCUCAUGAUCAGGGAAUCAGCAUUAAUGAAGAAGACAUAGAUUGGCCAGAAGAUUUCCCUCAGACCCCUACUUCCAUAUGCAGUCUGAGCUGUGGCCCUGGAUUUAGGAAGGCAGCCCGUGAAAGAGAGCCCAUCUACUGCUUUGACUGCAUACCCUGCCCUGAUGGAAGGAUUUCCAACCAGACAGAUGCAGAGCAGUGUCCACACUGUCCUGAAUAUCAGUACCCAAGCAAAGAGAGAGAUCGAUGCCUCCCCAUGACUGUGACCUUUUUGGCCUAUGAUGAACCUCUUGGAAUGACCCUGGCCUGUGCAGCUCUCUGCUUCUCCCUCCUCACUGCUCUGAUCCUUGGAGUCUUUGUGAAGCACAGAGAUACCCCCAUAGUCAAAGCCAAUAAACGCAGUCUCAGCUACACUCUUCUGGGCUCCCUCAGCCUCUGUUUCCUCUGCUCUUUGCUCUUCAUUGGCCGUCCUAACACCGCCACUUGUGUCCUGCGACAAACCACAUUUGCAGUUGUGUUUACAGUAGCAAUUGCUUCCAUUCUAGCAAAAACCAUCACUGUAGUUCUGGCCUUUAAAGCCACAAAGCCAGGGAGCAAGCUCAGGAGGUGGCUGGGUUCCACAGCAUCUUAUUCUCUCAUUUUUACCUGUACUCUAAUCCAAAUGUAUCUCUGUGGCAUCUGGCUUGGGACAUACCCCCCAUUUAUUGAGAUGGAUUUACACUCUGAGCCCGGCUUCAUUGUUAUUCAAUGUAAUGAGGGAUCCAUCAUAAUCUUCUACUGUGUCCUUGGCUACAUGGGCUUCCUGGCCUUGGGGAGUGUCACAGUAGCUUUUCUGGCCAGAAAUCUUCCAGACACAUUCAGUGAAGCCAAGUUCCUGACAUUCAGCAUGCUUGUAUUCUGCAGUGUCUGGAUAUCCUUCCUGCCUACAUAUCAGAGCACCAAGGGCAAGGGCAAGGCCAUGGCGACUGUGGAGGUCUUCUCCAUCUUGGCCUCCAGUGCUGGGAUUCUCAUUUGCAUCUUUGCUCCCAAGUGCUAUGUGAUCCUUCUGAGGUCAGACAGAAAUACCCAAGGAGAGCUCAGGAGAAAGGAGAACUCCAGUCUCUUUCAACUUUUUGGGUUCUACAGUUGUUUUAGACACUUUGGGCAUCCAGAUUUGAGAAAGAAGAUGGAUGGUGUCAAUUCCAUUUUGGGUUACUGA